GUUUUGCUCAUCUUUAAAACACUCACUACUCCUUUUUACUUUCGGAUACAAAUAUUAUGUCUCCAAACCACUUGAAACUUAUUUCAGUUAUCGGAAUUCUUGUUAGCUUCUUAACACAGUCCAUCGUGGCACAGAAUUGUGGUUGUGCAGCAAGUUUAUGUUGCAGCCAGUACGGCUACUGUGGUACCACUGCUGCUUACUGCGGUAAGGGGUGCCAGUCAGGUCCAUGCACUACUACUCCUGCAUCUCCCACAAAUGGUGCCUCUGUUGACGGUAUUGUAACACCAGCAUUCUUUAAUGGGAUAAUUAAUCAAGCUGGUUCAGGAUGUGCCGGGAAGAGUUUCUACACACGUAGUGCUUUUCUUGAAGCCGCUAGAUCUUAUCCUAGCUUUGGUAAAACUGGGAGUCUUGAUGACUCUAAACGUGAAAUCGCUGCUUUCUUUGCUCAUGUUACGCAUGAAACCGGAUUUUUCUGUUACAAAGAAGAAAUCAGAGGAGCAACCAGAGACUAUUGUGACGAGGGAAACAGACAAUAUCCAUGCGUUCCUGGCAAAGGGUAUUAUGGUCGAGGACCAAUACAAAUAUCAUGGAAUUACAAUUACGGCCCAGCCGGUAAAAGCAUCGGUUUUGAUGGUUUGAAUGCUCCAGAAACUGUAGCUAAUGAUCCCGUUAUCUCCUUUAAGACAGCAUUCUGGUUUUGGAUGAAUAAUGUCCACUCGGUCAUUACUUCAAAUCAAGGUUUUGGUCCGACUAUUCGUAAAAUUAACAGUGGUGAGUGUAACGGAAGAAAACCGGUAGCAGUUCAAGCUAGAAUUAAGUAUUUCAAGGAUUACUGCAAUCAACUUGGUGUGGCACCAGGAGAUAACCUUUCUUGCUAGAAACUUAAUAUGCUGUAAUAUUUUCUACGUAUCCAUGUAAUAGCUGGCUCAAUUAACAAGAGAUGAAUAAAGAGCUUCUGAAUAAAUGACUC